ACUCACCAUCAUGGUGUCCAUAAUUCGAUACGUGCGGAACAUCCGCAGGACAGGUAUCGCCGCAUGGUGGCGAAAUAUGCAGUACAUCGGUGAUGCAAAGGCUGGUACAUACGUGGGUAAAGACCAGUUCGGCAACCGCUACUAUGAAAACUUGAAUCCGGAAGACGAGAUUCCAGGUCGUCACCGAUGGGUUGACUUUGCUCAGCAUUAUAGCAACGCAACCCAGGUUCCUGCUGAAUGGCACUCGUGGCUAUCUCACAUUCGACAGAGUCCACCACCUGAGGAUAAUGUCAUACAGAACCUCUCCCCCGUGUGGCAAGGCGUAAGUUUACGUUAUACCUCUGACCAUCAGUCUUGCUCAGCCUUUCUACUAGCCCUGGAUCGAGAAUUUGACAGGCACGAGGGGUGCUUACAGACCUUACAACACUGUCCCGCCCAAAAUUAAUGCUUGGGAACCUAAAGUCGGAGCACGAGGCGAAGCUUCUUCGUAACCUACAUCCAUGUUCUGUGAUGUCCUUUGAGAAUAUAGAUACACGGUAUAAAAUCAA